CGGGCGCAAUGUGGAAUGGCUCGGGCAAUUAUGAGACCGAACCCGAAACCCAUCCUUCCCGAUAACAGAAGAAACGGGGAAGGUUGUGGGAAUGAGCGACAUGGCAGGAGGAGAAGAGGCGGCGGCUGACGGCUCGGCGGCACGGUGGGGACGACGGGCGUGGGAACUCCUGGAGAGGGUGCGGGCUCGCGCGCCGCUGGUCCAGUGCAUCACCAACUUCGUGUCCAUGGAUCUGAUGGCGAACGCGCUCCUGGCGGCCGGCGCGUCCCCGGCCAUGGUCCACUCCCUCCGCGAGAUCGACGACUUCACCCCGCGCGCCGACGCGCUCUGCGUCAACCUCGGCACGCUGUCGGACGGCUGGCUUCCCUCCAUGCGUGCCGCGGCGGCUGCCGCCGCCCGGUCCAGCCGCCCCUGGAUUCUCGAUCCCGUCGCGGUGUCUGCGUCCGAGUUUCGGAUGGAGGCUUGCCUGGGGCUGGUGGCCCUCUGGCCGACCGUGAUCCGGGGAAACCCAUCUGAGAUCAUCGCGCUCUCCUCUGCUUGCCGAGUUCGCGAUUCCAAAGGUGUGGACAGCUUCCAUGAGUCGCCAGAUGCUGUGGAAUCUGCUAAAUCACUGGCACAAAGCAGUGGUGCCAUAGUUGCAGUAUCUGGAGCCACUGAUUUUAUAACGGAUGGACAGAUAGUGGUAGCUGCACAAAAUGGAGUGGCCAUGAUGCAGAAGAUCACAGCAACAGGAUGUGCUGUCACAGCUCUCAUUGCUGCUUUUGUUGCAGUGGAACCAUCGAAUCCUUUGGAAGCAACAUUUUGUGCUCUCUCUAUAUUUGGCUUGGCAGGAGAGCUGGGGAUGGAAAUGGCAAAUGGCCCAGCUUCCUUGCGGGUGCACAUGAUCGACUCUCUUCAUGGCCUUCAUGAGCAUACUGUAGCUUCCCGGGUUAAGAUUUCUCUGGUAUCAUGAGGACAGCCAGAAAAUGGUGAUAUUUUCUCAUCUUGUCCUUUCUUUGUAUAUGGUUCACAAAUAACUGAGGAUGGCUGCAACCUCACAAUCGAUAAAGACACCGUACCUGUAAGAUGUGCUUUAAUUGCAGAAUUGAAGAGUUCCAUGGCUUUCUACAA